AUGACGCCCGCCCGCCUGGUGCUGGCGCUGGUGCUCGGGGUGCUCCCCGAAGUGGUGGGCGCUGACCCGGCGCCCGCUUCUCCCCGCCAGCACCGCCCGCGCCGCCCGCCCUCUCCCUCCGCGGCCGCCCCGCCGCGCGCCCCGCGCCCCCCGCGCGCCAUCCCCGCCGCCCGCGGCGCCCCGCGGUCCGGCCGCUGCCCCCCGGCCGACCCGAGGCUCAACGCCACCGACCGGGGCGCCCCGUGCCUGCGCUGGGCCGACGUGCCGCCUCUCCUGCUGCGGGCGCCCCCCGCCGGCUGGCAUCGGCUGCGGGCGCGGCGCCACAACCGGUGCCGGAGCCCCGACGGCGCGGGCAGAGCCUGGUGCUUCCACCGCAACGCGCGCGGCCAGGUGGACUGGGGCUACUGCGACUGCGGACGCGGCCCAGCGUUGCCUGCCAUUCGCCUGGUUGGAGGGAGCAGCGGGCACGAGGGGCGAGUGGAGUUGUACCGCGCUGGCCAGUGGGGCACUGUCUGUGAUGACCAAUGGGAUGACGCUGAUGCGGAGGUGGUCUGCAGGCAGCUCGGCCUCAGUGGCAUCGCCAAGGCCUGGAACCAAGCAUCUUUUGGGGAAGGGUCUGGCCCAAUAUUGUUGGAUGAAGUCCGAUGUACUGGGAAUGAAUUUUCAAUCGAUCAGUGUCCAAAGAGCCCCUGGGGAGAGCAUAACUGUCUCCAUAAAGAAGAUGCUGGGGUGUCCUGUACCCCUCUAACUGAUGGAGCCAUCCGACUUGCAGGUGGGAAAGGAAUCCAUGAGGGCCGCCUGGAAGUGUACUAUAGGGGCCAGUGGGGGACCGUCUGUGACGAUGGCUGGACGGAGUCGAACACAUAUGUGGCUUGCCGACAGCUGGGAUUUAAAUAUGGCAAACAAGUCUCUGCAAACCAUAUUGAAGAGAGCUCAGGGCCCAUAUGGCUGGAUGAUGUCAGCUGCUCUGGGAAGGAAAGCCAUUUCCUGCAGUGUCCUAGGAAGCCGUGGGGCCGGCAUGACUGCAGCCACCGAGAAGACGUGGGCAUCGCCUGCUACCUUGGCAGCGAUAUGUGCAGACUUUCCCAAGGUUUUCCUAUCAGACUGAUGGAUGGAGAAAAUAAGAAAGAAGGACGAGUGGAGGUCUUUAUCAAUGGCCAGUGGGGAACAAUCUGUGAUGAUGGAUGGAUGGACAAGGACGCCACUGUGAUCUGCCGGCAGCUUGGCUAUAAGGGCCCUGCCAGAGCAAGAACCAUGGCUUAUUUUGGGGAAGGAAAAGGCCCCAUCCACAUGGACAAUGUGAAGUGCACAGGGAACGAGAGGUCUCUGGCCGAUUGCAUCAAACAAGAGAUUGGAAGACAUAACUGCCGCCAUAGUGAAGAUGCAGGAGUUAUUUGUGAUUAUUUUGGCAAGAAAGCAUCAGGAAACAGUAAUAAAGACACCUCGUCCUCUGUUUGUGGGUUGCGAUUAUUGCACCAUCGACAGAAGCGGAUCAUUGGUGGGAAAAAUUCCUUAAGGGGAGGCUGGCCUUGGCAGGUGGCCCUCCGGCUGAAGUCAUGGCACGGAGAUGGCCGGCUCCUUUGCGGAGCCACGCUGCUGAGUAGCUGCUGGGUGCUGACUGCGGCACACUGUUUCAAGAGGUAUGGUAACAAUACCAGGAACUAUGCUGUUCGUGUUGGGGAUUAUCAUACUCUGGUGCCAGAGGAAUUUGAAGAAGAAAUUGGAGUUCAACAGAUUGUGAUUCACAGGGACUAUCGGCCAGAUAGCAGUGACUAUGACAUCGCCCUGGUGAGGUUGCAAGGACCAGAGGAGCAAUGUGCCCGACUCAGUAGUCAUGUAAUGCCAGCUUGUUUACCCCUUCGGAGAGAGAGGCCACACAAAACUGCCUCCAAUUGUUAUAUAACAGGAUGGGGAGACACAGGACGAGCCUAUUCAAGAACACUCCAACAAGCAGCCAUCCCCCUACUUCCCAAGAGAUUUUGUGAAGAACGUUAUAAGGGCCGGUUUACAAGGAGAAUGCUGUGUGCUGGAACCCUCCAUGAACACACGAGUGUGGACAGCUGCCAGGGUGACAGUGGAGGACCACUUGUGUGCCAGCGGUCUGGAGACAGCUGGGUUGUGUAUGGAGUGACAUCUUGGGGAUAUGGUUGUGGACUUAAGGAUUCCCCUGGUGUUUAUACCAAAGUCUCAGCCUUUGUACCUUGGAUUAAAAGUAUCACCACUUUAGCUCCUUGA